AUGACGUUCGAGGACCACAAGCGCUGUCUAUUCGAGGUCGACGGCGGCGGUGACGACGACGAGGACGAUAACGCUGUAGAUGGUACCGAGAGUGAGGAGGUGGGUGACGACGACGACGACGACGACUACAUGGAGGACGACUUUGACGAUGACGUAACGCUUGAGGAUGAGGAGCUGAAACGGCGUGCGCGUCUAAUGGCCCGAUCGGUCAUCAGCACGAUCCAUGGGAAUGCCGCCGCCGCUACCGCCGCCGCCAUUGCUGGUGUGGAAUUCACCGCAACGCCACUUCCUCCGUACACACCGUACACACCGUAUAGGCAAAACGUAUCGAUCCGAUCGUUCGAGCACCGCCUCAAAACGAUUAAGACCAUGAAAAUGACCCUUAAUCGUUUUGACGAUAAACGUGUGGUCGACAACGAUCGGAUACGUACGCGCGCUUAUGGUCAUUACGCGCUACGUGUGUAA